UAAAUACUUAGGUACAUCAUUGUUUAUUACCUUGUCUUAAAUACAAAAGUUAAGAUUUUAAAACAUUUUUUUUAUAUAAAAUGGCCAACACUGAAACUACUCAAGUUUGUUCUCUUCCACUUCCGCCAACUCAAUACAUAAGCUUAUACACAGAUGAAAAUAUUAGACAGAAGAGAACUCCUAGGCCACCACCGCCAAUAUAUGAUACUUAUUCAAUGUUUGGCACCACUUAUAAUAAUGAAGAAAUGAUAAGAUCAUUGGAAAGCCAAGGCAUAAAAAGAUUGAUUCCUAUACAUUUUGAUAGAAGGAAAGAGUUGAAAAAACUGAAUCACUCUUUAUUUGUAAAUUUUCUUGAUUUGAUUGAUUUGCUUGUAAAUUUUCCCGAUAGUCCAAGAAGGGCAGAAAAGAUUGAUGAUUUAAGUUUGCUUUUUGUGCAUAUGCAUCAUUUAUUAAACGAAUUUAGACCUCAUCAAGCAAGGGAAACGCUUCGAGUUAUGAUGGAAUUACAAAAGAGGCAACGUAUUGAAACAUCCAUUCGAUUCCAAAAGCACUUGGACAAAGUUAGAGAAAUCGUAAAACACGCAUUUGCAACUUUACCCGUUUCUUUUGAGAAUGAAGAUUUUAUGAAUGAGAUGGAUGUAGAUGAUGAAAAUAAUAAAUCUAGAACGGAUAAUUUAAACGAUAAUUGCGAUGUGACAGAUAGAAUUAUGUGCAAAGUAAUUGAUCGAGAGUUUGGCUUUAAGUGAAAAAUUAAUUAUAAAUUAAUUAUAAACUUCAAAAUUUAUUUAUCAAUAAAAAAUACAAACUAAAAUAAAAGAGGUAGCUGUUAACAUUUCAACUUAUUUAUUCUUACCAUAUACAUAUAUAAAUUUAAAAUUUUAUACAUAGU